AACUGUUCCUCGUUGUCACUUCAGUUUGUAUUUAGUUGCACGUUUUUUUUCGUUUUGUUUUUUGUUUUGCUUUUUGUCCUUGACCGAUCAUCUUUUGUUUGUUUUUGGUCCAUUUUUGGAGCCUCCUACCUUGGCUCCCAGUUCCCCUCCCGUCUGUUUUGCUCUUCCGAGUUUUUGCUCCUUGCUUGCUCCGCCUUCACAAACCCUAACCGUGGCAUUUCAAAAAAAUAUAUAUAUUUAUGACUUCAUGUUAAUCUUUCUUCCCCCUCGCUUGUGGCUACUGGAGAGCCAAUUAUUUUCCUCGGAGUGGACGACGGCGUCCGUCCCGCAGUCGCGCAAAGAACGAGAGGAGGAUUUUCUCUUCUUCCUUGCGAAGGAGUCCGCCGCCUUCCUCCUCGUCCCGCUCGAGGUCCCGACCAUGGAGGACGGCGUUCGACCCCUGAGGGUCCCCCCUCAGAUGUCCAUCUACGCCGACCAGCACAACGUCAUCCAUCUGGUCCAGACUAUGGUGUCCGGCCUGGCCGUGGACCAGCCCGAAGAUCCCAUCGCGUACCUUCUGCUUCUGCUGCAGGAGAGCAGCGUGCACGUUCCCAGGGUGGUCCUGCUGGGUCCUCCCGCGGUGGGGAAGACCACCCUGGCCAGGAAGCUGUGCGCCGAUCUGGGAGCCGUUCACGUCACCAUGGAAACGCUACUGGACGACCAAUCGCAGCUCGGCGAACGGGCGCGCCGGUGCGCGCUCGGGCGACAGGUAAGCGGGCACGCCUGCGACGCGUCGUCGUCGACGACGACGUCAACGCGUGCGCCGACGUCUUCAGGAGGUUCCCGACGAUCUUCUGGUGGACCUGAUCCAAGAGAGACUCAAACGGGCCGACUGCUUCAACACGUUGCCGUGCGGCGGGUUGUCGACGUCUGCGUCGCGUGUUUCAGGGCUGGGUUCUCGACGGACUUCCUCAAACUCGCCUGCAGGCUCGGAAUCUCCAGCAGGGCGGCGUCAUUCCCAAACACUGCUGCUGGACGCCGGCGAAGACGUUCUUUUGGAGCGGCGACGUGGCCGGCGGCUGGACACGCUCACCGGAGGUACGCCGCUCACGCCCCCGUACGCGCUGUGACCUCACUUCCCGUUUCCGCAACCUCUUCCCGCGCCCCUGAAGACGCGUACCGCGAGACGUCCGCGCGGCCGCGGGACGACGCGGCGGAGGGACGCGCAUCCGACCUCCAGCGACAUCGCUGCGAGGUCACCGGGAUGAGCGCCGCCUACCGACACGUCCUCAAGACGGUGGACGGCGACCAGCCGCCGACGGACGUCUACCAACAAGUGGUGGCGUUUUUGCGGACUCGACGAUGUUCCAGAACGCCCCGAGUUCUCCUGUUGGGUCCGCCGGGCUCGGGGAAGAAACAUCAGGCCAAGAUGCUGUCUGACAAAUACAAGAUGGUGGACGUGUGCUGCUGCGACCUUCUCCGUUGGGCCGAAGCGGACCCAUCUUGGAUCGGGGAGGAAGUCCGGACGUACCUGCAGCACAACCGACCCGUCCCAAACGGGGUCACCUUGAAUGUCCUCCAAGAGCGUCUGAACCGUGCCGAUUGCAGCCAGCGAGGUUGGAUCCUCCACCACCUGCCGUGCGACCUCCAGCACGCCAAACACCUCAAGCGCUCUCUCAACGCGCCCAACAGGGUCUUCUUCCUGGAGUUGACCGACGCCGUUUGUUUACAUCGAACGGCCGCCAAGCGCACGCCGACCGAUCCCGGCGUUGACGCGGCGACCGUGCGCGAGUGCGAUGACAACGCGCGGACCGUCGCGCACGCGCUCGGCGUGUACCGGACGCACACUGCGGGCCUGCAGGGCGUGUUUCCAGAUGGCGUCCACGUGGAUGCGGACCAGGAUCCUCGCUAUGUGUUUGAGGCCUUGGACAGACAACUCACCGUGCAAACGCACACGCACUGACAAACGCACACAGCCCGGGGGCGGGGGGAGCCGCUAACCCGGACCGGAACGCGAAGCCCCACGAUCGACGCCGUUUUGGUUGAGGACUUUAAUGAAUGGCGCUUUUCAUCAAGCGUGUUACGUUGGGACUUCCGGUCACACGGCAGCGUCUGCAUCCGAGCGCGUCCCGAGAAGAGGCGGCGACCGCAACCGAACCCCCCACCCAGCGGCCGGCGACCGCUCCUGUGUGACUGCGCUUGAUGUCUUUUGCCCUUCUGAGCGCAUCCAAUAAACGGCCGAAAAGCCAA